GUUAAAAUGAGCAGACAAAUUGGCGUUUUCACGCAGUCCCCUAAUGACGCACUCAUAAACGCACUUAUUAUGUGUCUGGGAUCUGGGAUUCUCUUUGGUCAGAGGGCUGCUGUGAUCAGCAGAGACUGUUUAACUCAAGCAGACAUGGGACAAAACUGCUGUGGAUUGUCCGGCCCUUGUCCUGAGUGCAGGGAAAGCUGUGGGGACAACUGUCACCGGGACGAGCCCUGUGUGGACCGCUGCUGUAACCUGUGCUGUCAGUUCUGUCUGGACGGCUGCUGUCUCAUCUGCUCGGACGACUGCCGCUACACUCUGUGUUUCACGUGCACCAGGAUUGCCGACUCCUGCACUGCCGUUCUGACCACCCAGCAGCCCAGAUCUACACAGAAACCAAGAGAAGGUUCUCAUUUGGAAGAAGGCCAGGUGAUUUAGAUCACCUGAUGAACGUAAUGAAAACUGAUGGGUUGGAUGGAUGGAGACCUGAUUCUUACUUCAUGCGGCCAUUCUCUGAACAGCAAGAGACUGAAAAACAUGAAUAAAGUGCAUUUAAAGUGUAUUUGUAGAUCAUUUGCUACCUCUGUAAUUCAGCCCAUGAUAUAUUAUGUAUGCACUGUACUGCACACUACUGUACAUAUUGAAGCACCAGAUACAACUGAUUCUGUGAACUAUACAAGUGUCAUCUGUUAAAUGUAUCUAGAGGAUCUAUUCAAAAGUGAAAACACUUGUUCAA